AUAUGUUGCAGACAGCGGUGGAGAGUCCAUCCGGAGCCGGAGUGGGAGCCGGGCCGGGGGAGGCGGCCGAGUGACAGCAGCAGCCUAGAGAGAGAGAGAGAGGAGAACAGCGAUCUCCGGCCGGAAAUGGGGACUCAAGGACCAGGUAGAAAAAGGAUUGCCAACCGAGAGCGACUAUCCGCAGAAGAUGAUGCCCUAAAUCUGAUUGCCAGAGAGGCUGAGGCCAGGUUGGCUGCGAAACGGGCUGCACGGGCUGAGGCGAGAGAGAUCCGAAUGAAGGAGCUGGAGAGACAGCAGAAAGAGAUCUAUCAGGUGCAGAAGAAAUAUUAUGGGCUGGAUACAAAGUUUGGAGAUAUCGAGCAGUGGAUGGAAGACAGUGAGAAAUACUCUCGUAGAUUCAGAAGACACACUUCGGCGUCUGAUGAAGAUGACUGGACAUCAGUGGGGAGUCGUAGCAGUGUCCGGACUGAUUAUAACAGUAUUGGCGCGUCUGGAGGGGUCACCGAGAAGAGCCGAAAGAAGAAGAAGAAACUGAAGGCCGCAAAUGGCUUUGAUGAGCUGUCCUGUGGACCUGGGCCUAGUAAACAGUCCAGUAGGGGAAGCUACUACUCUGACCUCCCUCUCUAUGGCACUGGACUCGGCUCCAAGUCCCACUCGGCAUCCCAGAAUGGAACUCGGGUGUCUGCCUAUGAUGGGAGUGGGAGCCGCCGGUACAGUACCUCCAGUUCUCAUGCAACCUCAGAACAUAAUUGCUUUCUUGGCUCUGGUUCCCGCACAUCGUCUCGUGCCAGUUCAGCUCGUGCAAGCCCAGUGGUGGAGGAAAGGCUGGAGAAGGAUUUUGCAGAGAAGGGAUCCCGAGCAGCCUCAAGCCUCUCUGCUGCUACCCUUGCCUCCCUGGGGGGCACCUUGUCGAGGCGAGGCAGUGGGGAAACCACCACCUCAAUGGACACUGAAGGCUCCAUUCGAGAGAUCAAGGAAAUCUUUGAGCUAAAGGACCAGAUACAGGAUGUUGAAGGAAAAUACAUGGAAGGGCUGAAGGAGCUGAAGGACUCGUUGGCCGAAGUGGAGGAGAAAUACAAAAAAGCCAUGGUGUCAAAUGCACAGCUGGACAAUGAAAAGACCAACCUCAUGUACCAAGUGGACACACUGAGGGAAAGCUUGCUGGAGCUGGAGGAACAGUUAGCGGAGACGCACAGGAUGCAUGAGGAGAAGACCAAGGAAUUGGACAGACAGAAACACGCCUACAGCAUUCUGCAGCAUCAGUUUGAGACGAUGAAGGAGACUCUUAAAGAAAGGGAAGAGAUGUUAACGGCCUUAGAAAGACAGAAGGAAUACUCUGAUGCCAUCAGGAUUGAUCGGGAUGAGCUCAGGAAUGAGGUUGCCAUGCUGAAGGAGAGACUGAAGGCUUACGGGAUGUUGACGAAUGGCGAGGCUGAGCCUGUCAGGAAGGAAGGCAAUGCACACACACAGGCUGCUGAGACAGGGCCUCAGGCUGCAGCCCAGCUACAAAGCUCCAGCGACGGACCCCUAGGAGAAAGCCACGAAUUGCAAAUGAGGAGUGAGAUUUUGGAGACUGUUGGGCAAAGAGGAGUCUUGCAGAAUACUGGAUUUGAUGAACAGAUGGAGGAGACUGGGAAUCGGGAGAUGUUAAUGGAUAAUGUGCAAGAGAAGGACAUAACUGAGGAAUGUGAGGAACUGACUGAGAGUGAAAUGCCAGCAGUGACUGUAAGAGAUAAUGGAGACACAGACCAGAUAGAACGUACUGCAGCCAAUCUUGACGAUGGAGAGCAAAGUGCAUGUGACACACGAAACCUUGGAGGUAAAGGGGUAUCUGAGGGAAUAAACAGUGCCCUGGGAUUUGAAAAAGGAAAACAGAGCUGCGGUAGCAGAGAGGAGAAUGAGAGUGACCUUGGUGUGAAUGGGAAACACAUGCAGGAGGAUAUAAACCAGAAUCUCGAUCAUGAUGAGGGGAGACCAGGUGACAUAGGGGAAUCUAGUUUCCAUGGAGGGAUUAGGGAGGAAAAGCACCCAGAAGUUGGGUAUGAGUUGGAUGUAGUGCAUGAUAACAGUGUUGGGACAGGAGCUGACAAUCGAGCAAUUAUGGAGGAAACUCGGAAAGUAGUGCAACAAGUGGUAGAAAAUGCAAUAGAAAUUUUGCAACAGCACACGUGUAGGUAUGAACUACAGGAGGCGACAAGAGAUAAGGAAGUGGUCACCCAGCUAGGGGGAGGAUUGGUUCAGAUGACAGGGGACAACUUGACUGGGAAGCAGGAGAAGCCUGCUGAAUCUGUCCAUGUUGAAGAGAAGGAGAAGGAUAGGUUGGUGAUCAAAGAGGUGGGCACUGAGCAGGUGUACACGGAGCUCCAUUCUACAGCACAGGAGUCUGAAAUCUGCUUAGGAAAUUUUCACAAUGAUGUAGCCAGGGAGAGUCGAGAAAUAGGGCAAGUGUCGACCAUUGCACCAGAUCGGAAUGGACAAUCCGGGUCAGGUGGAGAGGACAUGGAUUCAAUGGAUAGUCCAGUGCAGGAUGGAGCUGAGAAUGGAGAAAGAAAUGAUCAGGGGGCAAGUGAGCGGCCAAUGGACAAUGCAUCCACAGCCUCAAUAGAGCUAGAGGAAGAAGUGGAGAAAAUGGCAGUAAAAGCUGACAUAGGGACUAGUUCACUGAAACGGACAGCCCUGCAGGAGGUGGAUGUAGGUGAAGAGGUUGCUUGUCACCUGAAAGGAGCGAAAGGAUCAAUAGUAGAGAAUGAAGUAAAGCCAUUUAUUGCAAGUGGUGAAGAUCCUGAUUGGAGAGAUGAGGUUACUGUGACAGGCAGAGUAGAAGGCUGUUUACAGGUUGGAGAAGUGAAGGAGCUUGGGAAAGAAAAACUACCGGAUGAAGUUGAAUCAGAUCCAGUUGCAGAGCAAGGUGAUGGAGCCAGUCAGGUGGUGCAGCAAGGAGGAGUAGAAGGUAAAUUGGAACAUGGUUAUUUCCAGGAAAUGACACCAACUGUAGGGGAAAAUACGACAGUGAUUGAGGUUGAGAGACAGGCCAUAGAAAUUGAAGGUGACAUCAAGGGUUAUGGGGAGGAUGAGGUCAGGGGUAAUGAAGAAGAUGAGGAAAAGGUCAAAGACCCUGAUACCGGUGAAGCCAGGAACAAUGGAGAGAAUGAGGGUAUUGGUGACAUCAAGGCCCCUGGAGAUGAAAGAGAGGUCAAAGGCCUGAACACUGAUGAGGGCAAAAGCAAUGAAGGGGAUAAAAACAAGGAGAGUGAUCAUGGGCAAGGAGAGAGCAAAGUGAAAAAUUCCAGAACUUAUGAGGAUGAGAUCAAAGAUUCCAUUUGGGAUAAGGUCAAGGGUCAGGGAGAAAAAGAGGGUAAAACUAAUGACAAUGAAGGUCAAAGUGAAAUUGAAGGACAUGAAGAGGAUAAAGUUGUGGUGCAGGUUCCAGGGGAGGUUAACAGUGAGCUCAAGGGCAAGGGAGAUGAAACUGAGGCCCAAGGCUCUAGUGUGAGUGAAUUCAAGGGAUCUGAAGAGUUGGAGGGUGAGGUCAAAGACCCCAGAGAAGAGGAGGAUGAGGUCAAAGGUCUCAGAGAAGAGGAGGGUGAGAUCAAAGGCCUAAGGGAAGAAGAGGAUAAGGUCAAAGGUCCCAGAGAGGAGGAGGAGGAUGAAGUCAAAGGCACCAAAGAGGAGAAUGAAGUCAAAGGUCCCAGAGAGGAGGAGGGGGAGAUCAAAGGCCCUAUGGAGGAGGAGGAUGAGGACAAAGAUCCCAGAGAGGAGGUGGGGGAUGAGGUCAAAGGCACCAGAGAAGAAGAGGGUGAGGCCAAAGGUUUCAGAGAGGAGAAGGGUGAAGUCAAGGAUCCCCCAGAAGAGGAGGAUGAGGUCAAAAACCCCAGAGAAGAGGAGGGUGAGGUCAAAGGCCCCAGAGAGGAGGAGGGUGAGGUCAAAGGCCUAAGAGAAGAGGAGGAUGAGGUUAAAGGUCCCAGAGAGGAGGAGGAGGAGGCUAAAGGCCCAAGAGAGUGGGAGAUGGAUGAGGUCAAAGGUCCCAGAGAGGGGGAGGGGGAGAUCAAAGACCCUAUGGAGGAGGAGGAUGAGGACAAAGAUCCCAGAGAGGAGGUGGGGGAUGAGGUCAAAGGCACCAGAGAAGAGGAGGGUGAGGCCAAAGGUCUCAGAGAAGAGGAGGGUGAGAUCAAAGGCCUAAGGGAAGAGGAGGAUAAGGUCAAAGGUCCCAGAGAGGAGGAGGAGGAUGAGGUCAAAGGCACCAAAGAGGAGAAUGAAGUCAAAGGUCCCAGAGAGGAGGAGGGUGGGAUCAAAGGCCUAAGGGAAGAGGAGGAUGAGGUCAAAGGACCCAGAGAGGAGGAGGAGGAUGAGGUCAAAGGUCCCAGAGAGUGGGAGAUGGAUGAGGUCAAAGGUCCCAGAGAGGGGGAGGGGGAGAUCAAAGGCCCUAUGGAGGAGGAGGAUGAGGACAAAGAUCCCAGAGAGGAGGUGGGGGAUGAGGUCAAAGGCCCCAGAGAGGAGGAGGGUGAGGUCAAAGGCCUAAGAGAAGAGGAGGAUGAGGUUAAAGGUCCCAGAGAGGAGGAGGAGGGGGCUAAAGGCCCAAGAGAGUGGGAGGUGGAUGAGGUCAAAGGUCCCAGAGAGGGGGAGGGGGAGAUCAAAGACCCUCUGGAGGAGGAGGAUGAGGACAAAGAUCCCAGAGAGGAGGUUGGGGAUGAGGUCAAAGGCACCAGAGAAGAGGAGGGUGAGGCCAAAUGUUUCAGAGAGGAGAAGGGUGAGGUCAAAGAUCCCCCAGAAGAGGAGGAUGAGGUCAAAGACCACAGAGUAGAGGAGGAUGAAGUCAAAGGCCCCAGAGAGGAAGAGGAGGAGGAGGCCAAAGGCCUCAGAGAGGAGGAGGGGGAGGUCAACUUUGAACCGGAAAGUAAGAAGUUACUUUGCACCAACAUUCAGGGAAUUGUGCAAGAAAUGGGGAAGGAGGUCACUUUGGCUGAAAAGUCAAAAGAAACAGUGUUUCCUGAUCUCCAGACAAUAGAGACCGAGAAAGAAGAAGUAGAGGAAAGGGCAGGGGCUGAAGAAACUGAGUGUGAUUUAAGUGGGCAAGCAAGUGCUGUGGUACAAGACAGUGGUGAAAUGAACCGAGUACAAAGCAAGAGCAUUGAAGAAACUAAUGAGGACACACCAGAGAAUAAUAAUGAGAACAUUCAUAAAGUAAUAGACAACGAAGGUGAACAAGAGCCACCAACAAAAGAGGAGGCUGGAAUAACUGAAGAGGCAACAGCACAGGAGAGUCUGUCAGUGAGGAAUGGGGAAGAAAUGAGGCAAGUACCAGAGACCAGUAGCAGCAAUGAAGAAUUUGGGAGAAAUGCUCAGAUAUCAGAAGGGGUUGUGAGUGACCUUGCAGAAAGUGAUACAAGUGAGAUAUAUGAAUUGAACAAAGAGUCUGAGGAACUGGCACAAGAAAGUUUGCAACAAGGUCCUGUAAAGAGUGGAGCAGCCUUGGUAGAUGUUAUAGACCAUGGAAUGGAAAUGCAGGAUGGAAAGAAAGAGGAUCCUGUAAAGGAGGAAGGAAACGUGUCUGGGAUCAGCAACGGGCCACAACACAAGACACAGAAUUGCAAGACAGGCAAAGAAAGGGCAGAUGAUGCACCAGCCUCUUGGACUGGUGUGGAGGAGCAAGUGCUCAGAGGGGAUGAUGAGGAUACUGAGGGAGGAGGUAGGUUUGAGUGGGAUGAAGAGAUGAGUAAGAUAUUAGGAGAUGAAACUCAGGAUACGAGAGAGGCGUCCGAAGGAAAGGGAGAGGAGGAUGCUGGAAGUGAGACUGAACCUCGGCCCAUUGUGAGUGCAGAACCCAGUGAGCAUGUAAAACCCAACAGAGAUAACAGUGGGGCUGGAGUGCUAACACACCAUGGGCAGGAGGAAGCUUGUGACGACCCAGGGGAAAAACGUGACGAGCAGGGGGGAGCAUCUGAUAGGGAGGCAAAUGAAUGCACUAACAGCAGCGACCAGCAAUCCAAUCAUAGUCAGGGGCAGCUGCAGGACUGGGGCCAGAGGGAUAAGCCUGACACAAGCAUGCAGCAAGGCAGUACAGGGGAUGCAGAUGAAGAAAUGGUGCAAAGAGCAGCAAUGGCUGAGGUAGGGAAGGAUGGAAAGAGAAAAAGCAAAAGCAAAGAUGACUGUUGUCUAUCAUUUGUUUACAACGCUUUCUGUUUGCUUCCCUUCUCUCCAGAUUUUAGGGUAAAAAAGUUCAUUGACGAAAAAGAAGCAUUAUUAGAGCAGAUUAAAAAAUUAAAAGCACAACUGGACGAAAGAUCCAAGAGUGGAAAAGCGGAAAAGGCAGCAACCAGCGACGCCAUCUUGGAAAAUGGGACGGAUGUGCAGGUGAUCGAGGUCCAAAGAGACGCUAACAGACAAAUCAGCGAAUACAAGUUUAAACUCACUAAAACUGAACAGGAAAUAACUGCGCUGGAACAAAAUAUCAUUCGUCUCGAAAGCCAGGUAUUACGAUACAAGACGGCAGCAGAAAAUGCAGAAAAAGUGGAAGAUGAGCUUAAGGCUGAGAAGCGCAAGCUCCAAAGAGAGGUCCGCUCAGCACUGGAUAAAAUUGAGGAGCUGGAAAUGAGCAACAGCCAUUUAUCGAAGAGGCUGGAGAAGAUGAAAGCCAACCGGAGCGCCCUGCUAUCUCAGCAGUAGAAGCCCACUUCCAAGAAGCCAGGUCUUGGAUCUGGCUGCCUGUUAAGGGAACUCGCUUUUUAAAAAAGUAAUUAAUGAGACGCUUCACUGUUACCACAUACACACUGCUGAGGAUAAAAUGAAAAGAAUUGCACAUGUUUCUGACUCACCACUUACAUUGUUUUCUUUACAAGGCUUCCAAUUUGACACUUCCAGCACAGGCAUCUUGGGCUGAAUGGCCUCUUUAUGUGCUGUCUCAUUCUAUGAUUGUAUGAUUCCAUCAGCAAGCAAUAGCUUAGUUUUAACGAGGGAUUUGGUUUUAAAUUGUACAUUAGUCACUGCAGAGAGGGGGACAGUUUGUUUGGUGGUUAUGUUUAUGAAUUAAUAAUCUAGGGAACAUGAGUUCAUUUUCCACCAUGACAGUUUGAGAACUUGAAUUCCGUUUCAAACAUCUGAAAAUAAAAAGCUGGUAUCAGUAAAAGCGACCAUGAAACUGUUGGAUUGUUGCAAAAAUCCAACUGGCUCACUAAUGUCCGUUUAGAGAAGGAAACUUGUUGUCCAGCUUAUACGUAACUCCAGUCCCACACCAAUAUGGUUGACUCUUAACCACUACCCUGAAAUGGUUUAGUCAUCCACCCAGUUAUCACUGACUUCUUGGUGAAAGUUGAAAUGGCAAUAAAUGCUGGCCUUACCAGAAAUCUUGGAAUUAAUUCAAACAAAAUGGGCAUGUAAGCCAUUGCAUUGAAUGUCUUUGCUCAGCAUUGGUGCAUUGUCACUAAAUAUUUAUUGGUAAGGAACGGUAAAAUGUCAGUGAGGCGCCAAUGCACUCAAGGGUUAUGCCAACUGCACAGUGUACUCUCAAUACCCAUGGUGUUUAUUUUCAUAUAUUAAUAUUUUAGCUGUACUUUGUGAAUGGUCCCAGUCUCAAGAUCACUGUAGAACGUAGAGUUAAGGGAAAGAAGGGGGUUUUGCAAAUGGUGCAGAAUAAUUGCACUUUUUUCAAAGAACAAUCGAAUCCAAUCUUGGGAAUGCAACCCUUGGAUAAGUCUUCUGGGAUAAGUCGAUCCAUCUGAACUCUGAAUACACCAUAACAGUAUUAAAGCCCACUUUAAAUUAAUGCACUAAUUGAGGAUCGACAAUUUCAGAUGAUGUUCCAACUUUUAUUGAUUCCGAUUUUUUUCACUUCUGCCGUAAGGCUGCAUGGAUUUUAUUCAUUGUGAAACAAAACAUUUAAUGGUUCUUAACUCUUAAUUUGACAAACAUAAAACUGGUGGGGAUGGGGUGGGGUGAAGUUCCAGGCAAUUAUCAGUAUUUUCUUUUGCAACACCAUAAUAGAAAUUAGUUUUCUGGAAUGAUGGGGAGAUGAAAGUGGGGAAGAUGGCUUGGAGGAAGAAGCAACUUUCAUUAAUGCGCAGACCUUAUAACAUUUGCAAUAUUUUGGUCUGAGUUUAUUCAGCACUCAAUGACUUUCAAAGCGGGACAUGGAGGCCGGCUAGCAGGGUUUUGACUGGAUUUCACCAGCGACAGACACAGAGAUGAGUGGGACCUGUAGAUCUUUGAGACCUUGGGUUGCACAUUACUUUUCUUUCCCCAGAGAGCUUGGCAUUUUCUCUCUUCUCGCUCCCUCCUUACACCAGACCUUCUCUAUCUGACAAACUGAAGUGCCAGAGAAAGCAGCAUUUGCUUCAAGCUGUGUUUCUAACUGCUUGAGAUAUUGAUGUUCUUAUUUUGUAAAAGCUUUCUGCUGUGUUUUGUUUUUAAAUGGUGUAAGCACUUCUUGCCUGAGACACAUGAUUGGAAUGUGUUUAGGCCCAAGGAACUAAAUUAUUUUGGAAGUAUUAAGUGAUGGGAAGUGCUUACGCCAUCGAUGAAUAAAAAGUGUUUCUCCAUAAUGGAAAAUGGCAUCAAUAAGAUAAAGUUAAAUCAGGAAAUCCAGAAGCCAGUCCAGGGAAUGAUAUAAAGAAAACUGUACAUACUAUAACUUUUAAAUUACCUUUUACACACGUUGUACAUGACUGAUUUUUUUUUUGCUCUCCAGGACAGAUUAUAGCUCGGGCAGCGAGCCGGGCUUUUUCUUUCUUGAACCUGUUGCAGUCUCAGCUUUAAGAGGAUGGGUUGAGAGUUUUCUGUUGGGGGAUUGAAACGAUUGCAUCUGUUUGUUUUGUUUUAAAAUCAGGAGAUCUGCUGUGAUCCGCUAAGCAGCGGUUACUGCAAGACACCAAUGUAUUAAAGGUGAAAAUACAUUCUCAAGCUAAUAAAACCUUUUAGAGAGA